UCCACAGCUUCCGGGUCAUAAAUGUGAAGGGUCACCAAAUAUGGCUAACCGUUAGCUUCCGCUAGCUUAACCAAUUUUGUUCACGGAAAGCUCUAGAAGUCUGCGUAUACCUUCCCUCCUGAGCAUAAUAACAAUAUGAAAUAUGUUAUGUCAAAAUUAAAUCAAGUGCAACUUUGUGUGAGCAAACGUACUGAGGUAUCAAGAGUUUGGGCAAGUGUUAGCUAAGUUACUACAACGUUAGCUAACGUUAGCUAACGUUAGCUAACAGGACAGGAUUGUUUUGUUUACUAACUAGUCAUAGGGUAGUAGCUGUUAGAUGACUAGCUAUAUGCCCUGUACUUAAAUAAGAGAUACACCCAACUGUAGCAGCCGUGCUAAAUCUUAGCCGUCCAGAUUGCAGGGUAAACUACGAUGGCUUCAUUUGGCUGGAAGAGGAAAGUUGGUGAAAAGGUUUCCAAGUCAGUGGUGCAGCAGUUUGAGGCUGAGGCAGAGAAGGCUGAAGAUGAUGGACCAAGUCAGGAUGAGGAAGUGGACUGGCUGCACGCCAUCAAACGACGGCGGGAGAUCCUGCUGGAGGACUGUGCAGCCAAGAGCAAGAGGCUGAAGGAUGAAGGUGCACUGCUGGCUGAGCAAGGCAGGCACUGGGAGGCCAUUAAGAAGUGGGACGAGGCCAUUCAGCUGACUCCAGACAACCCAGUACUGUAUGAGAUGAAGUCUCAGGUACUGACCAUUCUGCAGGAAGUGUUCCCUGCUGUGAAGGCAGCGGAGAUGGCAGUGAAGUUCCGCCCCCUUUGGUGGGAGGGCUGGCAGACUCUGGGCCGUGCCCAGCUCAACCUCGGAGAGGUGGACCUGGCUGUGAAGUCCUUCCAGGUUGCAAUCCACCUGUGUCCAUCAGAGCGCACCCUGUGGCAGGAAGACCUGGCGUGGGCAUGCAGGUUACAGAAGCAGCACUUAGCAACUGAGGAGAAAAUUCGACAAGAGGAGGAGACCAAAAAACAGAUCCUUAAUGCCCCUGAGUUUGAGCAGGACUAUGAUUUUGAGUCUGAUGAGGUGUUGGCCGCCUGCGAGGCUGUUGCUGAGCGACAGAUGCGCUAUGAGGAGCUGAAGAGGACCGCCGUGGUUAUAGACGCUGAGGGAAAUAUAAAAAAUGUAGUCACUGGAGAAGGGGGAUCAGAGGAUGCAGCGACACCAUCAAAGGACCAGUUUGUCAAAGCAAGAGCACUCUGAACUGGUCUCAGCAUUAAUUGAUUGUCCUGGUUACAGUUUUUAGGACUUUUAUUUCUGAAAGCACUAUAGCUUCAUACACUGGUAUGUGAAGCUAUAGCGUAAAAAAAAUCUUACUCAGAAGCAAACAUGAGAACAGACAGAUUCUAGUGAGGGUUUAUAUGCAACAGAAUAAAAUACAAUUGAGGUUUGUUGUUUUAUAUUUUUCAUCCCUUUAAUGUUAAUUGCAUUAAAUGUGCAUGUAAACUUUUUGCAUGCACACAAAGAUUAAACAUUAAAUCUGUUCUGACUCAUUACUGUAAGUCACAUUCAGUUCCAGGCAGCCAAGAAAACAGCUUGAGUCAUAUUUCACUCAGUAAAUGUCUAUCCAUCACUGAUCGAGAGGCUUCUACUCACAUUUAGCAGAGAUGCAUUAAGAUACUAAUGUUGAAGCUAUAAACUUUAACAUCUCCUAGUUCUCUUUCAUCUGAAUGUGGACAUUUAUCUUAAAAUUACACAAUAGUAUAAAAAUAAUAAUGAAAAAUAGUGAUUAAGGCUGUUAUCAAGCAAGGCGCAUCAACUCCAGUCAAAUGUUAAUGUCGUGUGAGGUUUCAGUGUGUCUGUGUUUGUGAAACAGGUUGUUGCUGAAAAAGAGCAUGCAUGCUCAAUAAAUUGUCAAUGAGUAAUAAACAUGAAUGAAAAUGUGUGAUA